AUGGCGUCAGAGAAAGCAGUUGAGUCGGCGAAGAUGUUUUGUGGGCCGGCGCUGUAUGCCACGAGUGCCACGCAUGCGCGCGUUACCCUCGCCAAUGUCUCACCCAACGCUGACGGACUUCGACUCCUAGCCUCGAAUGGGAACUGGUCGGAGGUGUUGGCGCUGGCUGAGCGACUCGAAACAGAGGUAGCAGCCAAGGCCCGCCGUCACCCGCUCAAGUAUGCGACAGUGCCGUGGAGUACGUCUCCCCCCGAGUCUAUGCUUCUAAUGAGCUCUAAGCAUUCCGAAGAAGAGCUGUCGACCACGCAGUUGCCUCCAGUGACCGAUGUGACCGCUGCAGCCAUCUCAUCCUUGGGCCUCUCCACAGACGCUGCGGCGCGGAGUGCGCGACUUCCCUACGUGCUGGUGCAGGUGACAGCUAAUUUGAAGAUGCGACGGAUUGCGGCUGCGAAGAAAGUAAUCGAUGCGCUAGGGGAUAUUGAGGGGGAGGGGUUUCGUCAUCCUGUCACGCGUGAGAGCUUUGCUCCCUUCUCGCUGCGACUGGUAGCAGCCUUCCUCCCGCUCUAUGUCGGAGCGCCGAUGGAGGCGCAGAAGAAGCUGUAUGCACUACUGGAGGAGUGCCUCCGGCAUGAGCGGCAGUGUAGCGCUAACAGCACUGUCACACGCAUCCCCGCUGUUCUCGGCGAUGACGUGGCGAAUCAAUCAGCGGCCUCUGUGGCACUGCAGCGCACCUGGACACAGCGAGUGCUGCGCGUGCAACGUGUACUGCUGCAUGUGCACAUUCACCUGAACCAGCAGUCUUUGGCUCACAGGCUCGUGGAACAGGUGUUGCGUUCCGAAGAAAUUUGGCACCACAAAUUCCAUGACCUUUCCGAUGAGCUCUAUCAGCUUCGCCACACCCUUCAGCUGCAGCAGGUCUUCUGCCUUGCUCUUCACGUCGGGGAUGCCUCGCAUGCACAGGCGACGCACGUUGCGAUGCAGCGGAUUGCCGCUGUCAAUGGCUCAGGAACCAGCACAGGGGCGUCGCCGUCGGAUGCAGUGUCCAACACGAACCUCUGCAAGCUAGUCUUGCUCUCCUGUGAUGCAUUCUCUGCGGUGUUCAAGGGCGAGUACAAAAAGGCUGUGAUACUCUUCCACGACGUGAUUGACGCGGCUUCCCACAUGAAGCAGGCCUUGAGCACUGCUGCGGAUGGCUCCGGCAGGGAUGGACGUUCUUCUCCAAAUUCUGACGGCUACAUCAGCGAGAACGAACUACGCUGUUGGGUGCUUCAAGACAUUUGUGCGAACGCGCAGGUGUCGUACACGACGUGCCAGGCGUACUGCAGCGACACCGACCCUACCACGCUCAUGUCCACCCUGUGCACGACGCUGGAGGGGUAUGCCAAGGCAGAGCCGCAUGUGCUGUGUAACUCCGAUGCAUUUGUGGAGAGCCUCGUGCGGUUCUACACCCUCUCCGGAGAUCGCAAGGCUAAUCUGAACCGGCUGGAGGAUUUACUGGAGGUAUUUCGUUGUGAUCGCAGGUCCUUGCCGAGCCUCGAGGCGCUCGUGUAA